AUGUUUAGGAACACGCCGUCAUUGAGCCACGGUGAAGAGUCUUCGGCGGCUGACAAUUACAUUGCGAAUAUUUCGAGGGUGUUGAUGUACGUCCAUCAACAUCUGGUGGACACAAAGUUCCCUCCGAGGCAUUGGUCGGACUUGGUGUCCACAGAUGUUCAACCAUAUAUGGAGUAUAUAAGGAGGCGGGAAGAGUUAGACCAGACCAAGGCCACCACUAUAAAUUACUUGAAAAACAUCAGGCUGCUGUUUUCGUAUGUCAUCCGUGCAUACGUAUACGAGGACCCCAGCUUCCCAGUCAGUUUUGAUCAAUCCCCGUGUUCGGAAACGAUCACGCGGAUCAAACUGCUGGACCAGAAGCUGGAGCUCGUAUAUAAACGCACAACGAAGCAGCAGCCUCAAGAGCUCUUCAGCCGGAAGACGCAAGAGGCGAGGACUAUGCCCCAAUACUCUGACGUAGUCAAGUGCAUCGGGCAAAUUGCCCAGGCGUUGCAGCACUCUGAUCGGACUGCCGGACAGUAUUACCGGCUGCCAGACGCGAAAGAAGCCCUGAGACGGAACAACAAUAUACAGGUGGUAGACUACACCGCCAUGGUAAAGAGCUACGUCGACAAAAAUUUCGAAGACAUGUUCCCGCUUCAGACCUACGCUAAAUUCAACUGUGAUGACUGGUUAACGAGAAAAAGAGAGUCUGACGUCUGCAGGGAAUUCCCCUCUGCGAAGAUAGACUCCCAUUACGUCAACCAGCUCGGGGAGAGGUUUGACUUUGCGGUGCUCCAGGGGCGAUGUGACAUCCUGUUGCAGGAGGUUAUCCGGGCAGGGUACAAUAAAAACAACAUUUCCGAACACGCAAUUGUCGACGUAGCCAAGCAGCGGAAAAUAGGAUAUUUUCUGAGGGACGUGAGGUGCCGUAAAAAGAUCGUCGCGAAAAUAAAAGCGGCAGUGUAA